GAAUGGAGUCGGGUUCGAGGAACUAGCUGGCUGCCCCAGCUGCGACGGGUGAUCGCUGCACGGGCUGUUCCCUGCCGGGACGGAGCGUCGCAUUCCCAAAAUGCCUCCCACACCCACUUUGUUGCAGAAGCUUUUCAACAAAAAGAACAGCUUGAUUUCCCCCUGCAAGGAGUUCAAGGAAGAGGGCGCCUUCAGCUGGCCUUUGCCGGAGUUUAAUCCAAGUCAGAUCCGACUAAUUGUGUACCAGGACUGUGAAAGAAGAGGGCGAAAUGUUUUAUUUGACUCCAAUGCCAAGAGAAGAACUGAAGAUGUGUCAAUCUCGAAGCUCUGCAGUGAUGCACAGGUGAAAGUCUUUGGAAAAUGUUGCCAGCUCAGACCUGGAGGAGAUAGUUCCUCUUCUUUGGACAGUUCAAUCAAUUCCUCUUCUUCUUCUUCUGAAACAAAAGAUCAGUGUCCAAAAUUUCAGGGCUCUCGAUGUUCCUCAGAUGCCAAUAUGCUUGGGGAGAUGAUGUUUGGUUCUGUGGCUAUGAGCUACAAGGGUUCAACCUUAAAAAUCCAUCAGAUCCGCUGUCCUCCACAGCUUAUGCUGAGCAAAGUUUUUACAGCUCGAACCGGAAGCAGUAUUUAUGGAAGUCUAAACACGCUUCAAGACAGUCUUGAGUUUAUUAAUCAGGAUAAUAAUACUUUGAAGCCAGAUCAUAGCACAAUUAUGAACGGACUGCUUAUGAACAUAGGUUUUUCACAGCUUUGCAGCCCUAGGCGUGCAUUCUCUGAACAAGGUCCGCUCCGCCUGAUCCGGAGCGCCUCUUUCUUUGCAGUUCACAGCAACCCGAUGGACAUGCCUGGAAGAGAGCUGAAUGAAGACAGAGAUAGCGGAAUUGCAAGAUCUGCAUCUCUUAGCAGCCUGCUUAUCACUCCUUUUCCAUCUCCGGGUUCUUCACUAAACAGAAGCUGUGCUAGCAGUUACCAACGGCGCUGGCGUCGCAGUCAGACAACAAGCUUGGAGAAUGGAGUCUUCCCUAGAUGGUCGGUGGAAGAAAGCUUUAACUUGUCAGAUGACAGCUCCAGCCCAAAUCCAGGAAUUGUCAGGAAAAAGAAGAUAGCAAUUGGGGUGAUAUUCUCACUUUCAAAGGAUGAAGAAGAGAAUAGCAAAUUUAAUGAGUUCUUUUUCUCACACUUCCCUCUUUUUGAGAGCCAUAUGAAUAAGCUGAAGAGUGCAAUAGAACAGGCUAUGAAAACGAGCCGUCGGUCAGCUGAUGCCAGCCAACGGAGUUUGGCAUAUAACAGAAUUGUGGAUGCCUUAAAUGAAUUCAGAACAACAAUUUGUAAUCUCUAUACUAUGCCACGGAUUACAGAACCAGUUUGGCUUACGAUGAUGUCAGGAAUGCCAGAGAAGAACCAACUCUGCCAUCACUUUAUGAAGGAAUUUACUUUCCUGAUGGAACAAGCUUCCAAGAACCAAUUUUUACCCGCUCUUCUAACUGCAGUUUUGACAAACCAUCUGGCCUGGGUUCCAACUGUCAUGCCAAAUGGCCAGCCACCAAUUCGAAUAUUUCUAGAGAAGCAUUCCUCACAGACUGUGGACAUGUUGGCAAAGAGUCAUCCGUACAAUCCACUGUGGGCACAGUUAGGAGAUCUGUAUGGAGCUAUUGGAUCACCUGUGAGGCUGUCAAAAACAGUUGUGGUUGGCAAAAGGCAAGAUCUUGUGCAACGUUUACUUUAUUUCCUUACUUACUUCAUAAGAUGCUCAGAGCUGCAAGAGACUCAUCUUUUGGAAAAUGGAGAGGAUGAAGCCAUAGUAAUGCCUGGUACAGUGAUCACCACAACACUAGCAAAAGGGGAGGUGGAGGAAUCUGAAUAUGUGCUCAUUACAAUGCACAAGAACCGAAGCAAUCUAUCCUUUCAAGAGUCUGAAGAAGUGAGAACUUCUGACUGCAGUUGUAAAUAUUGCAAAUGCCCUGUUAAACCUAGUCAAGAUGCAGAUACUGUUUCAGGACUGGAGAAAGAAGAUCCACAGAAUACCCCAAAGACAGAUGAAGCUGCUUCAUGUGAAAGCAGUGUAGAGCCUUCUGAUUUUCAAGAAAGGCCUAUUGAAGUUAAGUGCAAAGAGACAUCAAUGCCUUGUGUGGGAAUAAAGUUAGAAAGAGUAGUAUUCACGGGAUCAGCAUCUGUGGAAACGUGUGCGUUGCCAGAGUCCGGAUUGGAACCAACAGGUGGAUUAUGGCAGAAUAGAGAAUUGAUGGAUUCUGACAAUCAGCCUGUUGAACUGUUGAGAUCAAUGAGUACGACGGUAGAGAAGAAACCACCUGAUAAAAUUUCAUCUCACGCAAUUCCUUGUAGCAUGGCUGAAGUUCAAACAAAGGUGACUUUCCUCAUUGGAGAUUCUAUGUCCCCUGAUUCAGAUAUUGAAGUGCGAAGUCAAGUGGCUGAAGAACAAAUGGCCAGGCACAGCAGCCAUAUGGAGACCGAAGAAGGAACAACGGCUGAGCAGAACUGUGAAAAACAAACCCUUGAGGACCAAAAACGAGAUCAGAAUAUGCCUGAAAAGUUCCCUCAGGUUGCCAUUGAGAUCCAGAACUGGAAUCCUUACAGAGCAGAAAGUGCAAGUUUGCUUGCUGAAUAUUUUACUGAAGAAGGUUCUGUUGUAACCAGGACUGUUGAUGAUAUUCCAGUGAAAGCAACAAGGAACAUUCUAGACCCUAAUAGUAGCUUAGAAUUUCCACCCAAAAUUUUGAGUACAAAGAGUAACAAAUCCCCUAGUGAAUUUUGUAAGUUUAUGGAAUCUGUUCGUCAAGAGACUUGUAAAAGCUGUUUUGCAGAGCAGGACCAAAGAGACAAGCUCUCUAUGUUUAUCCCCCGUGGGGACAGGGAGAACUUAGAAAAAAAAUCUGACCCAGGUGUGGAUUGGGACAUUCCAAGAAAUGAGAGCUCCGAUAGUGCCCUUGGUGACAGCGAAAGUGAAGAUGCAGCUCAUGAUGCUGCAAGGACAAGCAGCGACUAUUACGGGGCAGAACAAGAAGAAUGGACAGAAGAAGAGGACAUACCAUUUCCUGGGUCAAAAUUAAUUGAAGUGAACUCUGUCCAGCCCAGUAUUGCCAAUUUUGGAAGGUCCUUGCUAGGUGGCUACUGUCCAUCUUACGUACCUGACUUUGUUUUGCAAGGAGUAGGAAAUGAUGAGAAACUGAGACACUGUUUGAUGUCAGAUUUGUCGCAUGCUGUGCAGCAUCCUGUUCUGGAUGAACCAAUUGCAGAAGCUGUCUGCAUUAUCGCAGAUACUGAUAAAUGGACAGUGCAAGUGGCCAGUAGUCAGAGGCGAAUCACUGAUAACAAACUUGGGAAAGAUGUGCUCGUCUCUAACCUUGUCUCCAACCUGCUUCAUUCCACUCUUCAACUUUAUAAGCAUAAUUUAUCUCCAAAUUUCUGUAUCAUGCACUUAGAAGAUCGGUUGCAGGAACUGUAUUUUAAGAGCAAAAUGUUGUCGGAAUAUCUCAAAGGCCAAAUGCGGGUUCAUGUGAAGGAGCUGGGAGUAGUACUGGGGAUUGAAUCCAGUGACCUCCCUUUACUGGCAGCUGUGGCAAGCACCCAUUCUCCAUAUGUUGCCCAGAUUCUUCUCUAAAACACCAAAAGGGCAAAGACAAUAAUUCUAUUUUUAUAAAAUGGAAGAUGAGGAAACAGACAUGAACCUCCAUUUUCCAGACUCUUGCUUGCUUGCAGGCAGGUGAAUUGAACAGCCUGCCAACUUGAUAAUGUGCCUCUGCAAGUGAACACAAAAUGUACAAACAUGGUCCCUUUCUUUCCUUGCCUAUUCAUUUAAAAAUCAACCAACCAACCACUUGAACAGAGAUUCAGAUUGCUAAAGAAGACACUAGAGCUCGGAGUAUUGUACAUGGUUUGGAUAAGGAUUGCCAAGUGGAUAUUACUGCAGACUGUUAAAUUACAGGAUCACCAGAAUGAAGAAAGCCUUCGCAGCCCUCCAUAGUGCUGUUGGUGUUUGUGCAAGGGAAUGGAACCAGCUGAUGUUUGAGGCCAAUCAGGAGAAUAUUUAAAAUGCAUAAUGAUGAAGCUCUUUUUGUAACCAAUUCAACUGCAUUAGAAGUACAGUGAAAUGUUUAUUUCUUAAAGGCAGGUAGGAGCUGGGAAGGUAGCGUGCAGUUCUUUCCAUAGGAGGAGGCCUGGGUGUAAUGUGUGUGUGAGUGUGUGAUAUUGAUUGAGAAUGAAUGGAUGAAUGAAUAUAUUCAUUCCUCAGUUUGGGUGUGAAAUUGACAUUAUGCUUUUGUUGUUCUGAUGUUGAUGCUACUUUUCAAAAACUCCAGAAAACAAAUAUUUGGUUUUUUAUUAAAAAAAAAAAAAAAAAGGAAGAAGCUGAACAAAUUUUCUGUAAUAUUUUGUUAUAGUUUUUUUUAAUAAGAAUUUCUUUCCCUUGAUCAUGCUUCAUUUGGGAUGCAGUAAAGAAAAACUAGGUGCUGUUAAAACUAUUUUUUAAAAAAGAAGAGGUAAGAGCUUUAUUACAUACUGAAGUUCCAUUGGUUUCAGAGUAUUUUUUAAAAAUUCAGAAGAUAGUGUAAUACUGAGAAUUUAUACCUUAUAAAUUAUGAUACAAUACAGAGUUAGAAUGCUGGAAAAAAAUCUCUCCCGACAAAUUUUAGACUUUAAAACUCAGUUUGUUUGCAUUGUAUUAAUUGUUAGGCAGGCUACUCUGAUGAGACCACUUUUCUAACCUGUUUAUUAAGAACUGGCUUACAAUAUAAUCAUAUGCAUGUUUGCUUUGAAGUAAGUCCCAGGGAAUUUAAUGGGAUUUAUAAGUUUUAUCCAACUGUGUCCUCUGGCAAGCUCUCUGUGCCCACUUGCAGUCCCUCAUACAUCCUCCAAAUUGGCAGAAGGUUUGGAAAUGUGGAGUGGGGGUGUAGAAAAGGAAAGUGCAACUGUGCCAUCCCUUUAUCCCAUGUUACUGUUUUGGUCAUGAUUAAGCAAUAAAGAAUUCUGAUAUGGGACCUAUAAGUUAUAAAUAUAUAUAUAUUGUAAAUCAGCCUGAAGAGCCCUCUAGAUGUCUUGGAGCUGUAACUCUAAGAAUUCCCAGCCAGCAUGGACUUCUGGGAGUUGUGGUCCCAAAAGAUGUAGAGGAUUUCAGUUUGGGGACAAUGCUAUUAUCUUGAACCAGCUUUACUACCUCAGGUUAAAUAAGGGGAUAUGGAUUAAAAAGGUUUGAUACUUUUCCCUGUAUCUAGUCAAGCAUCAACAACAUUCUGAAGUACUUUAUUUUGUGAUAUGUUGAAUCCCAUAUUCAGUGAAAAUCAAAACACAGUUUUCCUAAUUCAUACACACACGAAGCCCUUUAGUUGUUGAUUUUUUUCCUUUUAUUUUUUGAGGUUGCGAGUGACUUUCCUCCUUGCCUUUGCUGGAAAGCGUAUGUCCACAUUGCCACUGUCUGUAGUAAACACAGUUCUUCUGCUCCUGUUUUGAUAACACUAUUGCUAUGUACUAUGCCUGUAUUCACUGGAUUAGGUCUGUGACAUCACUAAUAAUAGGAGAAAACCCCAUCCAACCUUCUAUGCAUUUGAGAACUUUAAAACAAUUUCAGCUAGAGAAGCCAGAGGGUAUUUUUAUGAAUAAUUUAUUUUAUUGCACAAUGGCCUGUGCAGCCUAUUAAAAUUUAAAACAAUAAUUGGACAAGCCUACAACUAUCCUCUGUUGCAAAGCCCUAUCAGUUGUUAAAGGAUGCCUGCUUCCCCACUCUUCCUGCUACCUGAUUACUUCUCCAGCAUUUGGAGUUUUUGUUUUUUUAACUGGACAAGUUUACCACCUUGCACAGCAGCAAGAUUUCUCCUACCCCUCUUCAUAUUCACUUAUUUUUUGCCCCAUUACAUUUGAAUACUUGCCCCAAUAGGCAGGACUGGGGCUAACAUUACAGCAACAACUGCUUCUUAAAAAUGAAUAGCAAUUAAUUUAGUUCUAAGCUAAUCAUAAAUUAGCAUUCUGUCUGUUGGAACCCUUACAGUUGUAGAUGCAGGGGGAUGGCUUUAGCAUUUAAAUUGUCCAACCGUUGUUUUCUUCAGAACAAAUGUGAAGAUAAGAAGCUUUGCAAAUCAGGCUGCCUCCCCAAUGAACAUAAUGUGAAAACAGGUUGAUUUUAGUGCAGAUGUCACUUCCUAAUGGCUGCACUGAAUGUUGCAAUUAAGUGGACAUAACAUUUGCCUGUUGUAGUUAAAAUUAACUGGGCUUGGGCUGGUGAUUAAGGUAGCCCCAGUGAAUGGCAAACAUGGGCUCAACUCUUCUCAUAUCUUAAUAAAAGGAAACUGGGUAAAGAUAAAUGUAUGGUUAGGUUUUUGUCUAUGUGGUUCUCAUCAAGUGCAAUCAAGUUUAUGCUUUCAGUUGUACUAAAAUUAAAUAUUUUAACAAUGUGACCUGAAAGGCUGCCCCAAAACAGAAGCUGAAACUAUUAAGGGAAAAGGGUUUUCCAAUGGUCAAGGGCGCCUGAGUCAUAAUAUAUUCUAUGCUUCCUCCCCCGCCAUUGAGAAAUAAUUUGCAUUCCAGUUUGAAUAUAGAUCUCUCCCCUCCCCUCAUCCCCCAAAUAGAUCUUGCAGACAAUCACCUUCUGCAUGUUUGGUGAAGAAACCGCAGGUUGCAAGGAUUUUCAUGUUGAAAAAAAUGAAUUUGUUGGGUGCGCUGAUAAAGUCUGCACCACUGAAAGCUAUAAUUUUAGCCCAGUGUAAGUCCCACAGGGGUUUCCACAUUGCUGCUUCAUGCCAGCUGCUGUGACUAUACUGUAUUUUCCCCAAUAUUUUUUUGCAAAAAGAAGAGUUUAUAUCUUAGGCUUUUGUUCUCUUCAGUCAGCUUUCCUUUCCAUCUUCAUUAUUAUGAAGUGAAGGUCAUAGGUACACAAGAUGGUAGAAGACAAACAAUCAUUUGCAUAUCUAAAAGUAUCUAAUAGCAGCCCUGUGUGGUUCACAUGUAAAGCCAGGAUCGUCUGCUGUUGCCAUAUAUAGUUUGUCCUUUAUCAAUUUGUCCUUUAUCAAUUUAAUUUCCAGAUUAAAACUAGAAUCCCAAACACACUAUAUUCCAUUUUAGUUUUCCUCCUAUGGUAUUGAGAAAUUGAGCUGUUGAUUGCAACUUUAUCUCCAGUUUUUCUUUGGGCUUCUGUUCUCAGCCACAGAGGCAUUCUUUAUAGUACAAGUGGAUUUAAGAUAUUCUGCUAGGCUAUUUUCAUGUUGUAAAAUACAGGAAAUUCUGUUGGAUCAAAGAAUUUGCUUGCUUAUUCUCCUUCUGCUUCUGCAUUGUGUGACAGCUGUGUAGUUACUGUGUUACCUUUCUUGAUGGUGGCUAUUGGUGAUUUGGAGGCAUCCAUUCAAACUGCUUCCUGGGUGAACUCAUCACACAUAACCAGGGCCUCUAGAUGGGGAGGUUUUUCCAUUGUAGCAGUGAACUGUAUGGUCACUGGCAAUUUUAAAGGCUUGUAAGAUUAUUCAAGCAGUAAGUAUUGCCACUGAUGUAAUUUCUUCAAAAUCAUUAGAUAAUAAGACAUUACCCACCAACUCCAAACAUUUGGUUAAUUUGAUUUUUUUAAUGGUUUUGUUACUCAUUCUAAUUAUAUAAUGGGAAUAGUUACUGUGCAAAAAGUAUGGCAUGACAGCAUGCUUUCCUGUGACUGAUUACUUGUAUAUGGUACAUGAAAUAUCGAGGUACUACAUACAUCUAUCUGGAUUUUAAUUUUUUUUCUAAGGGAAAUAUAACAGCACCGUAGCAUUGACCUCAUAACAUAUUAUGCUUUCAGAACAAUGUAUAUACAAAACUAAUCUUCUUGAUUUUUUUCAAUAUUUCUAAUGCCCAUUAAUAUGUCUUAAUUUUAAGGCUGAAAAUAUUUAAGUAUAUUGUACAUACAUGCUAACAAAAUUAUUUCCAGUGGAACUUGCAAGUGCAAGAUUGUUAAAAAACAAAGGGAAGGGGGAAUCCGAAACAGGAUUUUUAAAUGUAGCCUUUUAAAAUCUGUAUGAGUUAAAACAGAUUUUUAAUAGGGUUUUAAUUGUUUUGUUUUCAGUCUUCUCUAAAUUAUAUAAAUGGUGUUAUGUGUUUUCUGCUGGAUAAAAUGUACAUACUUGUUAUCUUUUGUGUUUUUCUGUAAUAUAUACAUACACAUACACAAAUGUACAUACAUAUCUCAAGAUGUGCACUUGUAUUAUAAUAACUUCCCAGUUUUAGGGGAACUUUGUGCAAUAAAUACAAGAUUGUCCCUUUAA